UGGGCUUGCAUAUUGGGUUUCAGUUUACUUCAGGCUAGACAGUGUGCAGGUUGCCACCAGGUUGCCUACCGUUCUCACAUAUACAUAUAUCUAUAUAUAUUUAUACAAAUAUUUACAUAUAGAAAAAGGCGAGGAAACAAACAAAUAAAUAAAACACAAACGCACGUUCAGUCAGUCAAUAACAACAACCAAGCCACACUAAUACAGCAUGUCUGCGAAAGCGAUCACCGAAGCCACCGGCAAGGAUAUACUGAAUCGUCAUCUGAAUCUGCACGGCGCCGGCGCAGCCACCUGUCGUUUUGCCACAGUCAAUGACGAGACGGAUUGGUCCAAGCUGAGCAUCGAUCAUCCCUGGCUACUGACCACGCCGCUAGUGGUUAAGCCGGAUCAACUGAUCAAGCGUCGUGGAAAACUGGGCCUAAUUGGCGUCAAGAAGACUUUUGACCAGGUGAAACAAUGGAUUGGAGAGCGUUUAAACAAGGAUCAAAAGAUUGGCAAUGCAGUGGGCAAGUUGCGCAACUUCAUUAUCGAGCCUUUCAUACCCCACACAGAGGCAGAGGAGAUGUACGUGUGCAUCUAUUCGCACCGUUCGGCGGAUACGAUUCUAUUCUAUCACCAGGGUGGCGUUGAUAUUGGCGAUGUGGACGCCAAGGCUGUCAAGCUGGAGGUUCCAGUGGACAGCGCCUUGUCGCUGGCUGAUGUCAAAACGACGCUACUGAAGGCGGUUACAGAUGCGUCCACAAAGGAGCGCAUUGCCAAAUUCAUAUAUGCGCUAUAUAAGACAUUUGCGGAUUUAUAUUUCACGUAUCUGGAGAUCAAUCCUCUGGUGGUGACGGCCGAUAGUCUUUAUAUACUGGAUUUGGCAGCUAAGCUGGACUCGACCGCCGAUUUCAUAUGCCGUCCAAAGUGGGGCGAAAUUGAUUAUCCACCGCCAUUUGGCCGUGAUGCGUAUCCAGAGGAGGCGUACAUUGCGGAUCUGGAUGCGAAAAGCGGUGCCUCGCUAAAGCUGACCAUUUUGAAUAGAAACGGACGCAUUUGGACAAUGGUUGCCGGCGGUGGCGCUAGUGUCAUUUACUCGGAUACAAUUUGCGAUCUGGGCGGCGCAUCUGAGCUGGCCAACUAUGGCGAAUACAGCGGUGCCCCUUCCGAACAGCAGACGUAUGAAUACGCUAAAACAAUACUUAACCUGAUGACCUCGUCACCGAAGCAUCCCGAUGGCAAAGUGCUGAUUACCGGAGGUGGAAUUGCCAAUUUUACCAAUGUCGCCGCGACCUUCCAAGGCAUCAUUACCGCCCUUCGUGAGUUCCAGCCCAAGUUGGUCGAACAUAAUGUCUCGAUCUUUGUGCGCCGUGCUGGCCCCAAUUAUCAGGAGGGAUUACGUCGCAUGCGUGACUUUGGCGGCACUCUCGGCAUACCAUUGCAUGUCUUUGGCCCCGAGACUCACAUGACCGCUAUUUGUGGCAUGGCGCUGGGCAAGCGACCCAUUCCUCAGGUGGCCAGCGUUGAAUUUUCCACGGCCAAUUUUCUGUUGCCCGGCGGACAGCAGGCGCAGGCUGAUCUAAAAGCAGCGUCCAGUGACGGACUCAGUCCAGCGUUGCGCUCGACAACAACACAAUCGAUUAAACUACCACCUAUCUCGGCAGAUGAGAGCGAUGGAGUCGCCGCCACCAAUAAUCAUCAGCAGGGCAACAGCAAUGGAUCGAACUUGAAUAGAAAGUUCUUUUCCAAUACAACCAAAGCUAUCGUCUGGGGCAUGCAACAGCGUGCAGUGCAAUCUAUGCUUGAUUUCGAUUUCAUUUGCAGGCGUGAUGAACCAUCGGUGGUUGCCAUGGUGUAUCCAUUUACGGGCGAUCACAAGCAGAAGUACUACUGGGGUCACAAGGAGAUAUUGAUCCCCGUCUAUAAGAAGAUGUCCGAUGCCAUACAUAAGCACAAGGAGGUGGAUGUUAUGGUUAACUUUGCUUCAUUGCGUUCCGCCUACGACUCGACCCUGGAGGUCCUCGAAUUCCCUCAGAUUCGUACGGUUGCCAUCAUUGCCGAGGGCAUUCCAGAGAACAUGACCCGCAAGCUGAUUAUUGAAGCCAACAAGAAGGGAGUGGCUAUCAUUGGACCUGCGACUGUGGGAGGCGUUAAGCCGGGAUGCUUUAAGAUUGGCAACACCGGUGGCAUGCUGGAUAACAUUCUUCACUCGAAGCUGUAUCGUCCAGGCAGCGUGGCUUACGUCUCCCGAUCGGGUGGCAUGAGCAACGAGCUGAACAACAUCAUCUCGAAGGCAACGGAUGGCGUUAUCGAGGGCAUUGCCAUUGGCGGUGACAGAUAUCCAGGCUCGACUUUCAUGGAUCACAUUCUCCGCUACCAGGCCGAUCCCGAAACGAAGCUCAUUGUACUUCUGGGUGAGGUGGGUGGCACGGAGGAGUACGAUGUGUGCGCUGCUCUCAAGGAUAGUCGAAUCACAAAGCCCCUGGUCGCCUGGUGCAUUGGUACCUGCGCCAGCAUGUUCACUUCGGAGGUGCAAUUCGGUCACGCCGGUUCCUGUGCCAACUCGGAUCGCGAAACGGCCACGUCGAAGAACAAAGCUCUGCGAGAUGCUGGCGCAUACGUGCCUGAAUCGUUUGAUACUCUGGGCGAGCUCAUUCAUCAUGUGUACAGCGAGCUGGUGAAGACGGGACGCAUUGUGCCCCGCGAAGAGGUGCCGCCACCAACAGUUCCCAUGGAUUACUCAUGGGCCCGUGAGCUGGGACUCAUCCGCAAGCCAGCCUCUUUCAUGACCUCAAUUUGUGAUGAGCGUGGUCAGGAGCUUAUGUAUGCAGGCAUGCCGAUCAGUGAGGUACUCAACAAAGAUGUGGGCAUCGGUGGCGUCAUCUCGCUGCUUUGGUUCCAACGCUGUCUACCCUCCUAUGUGUGCAAGUUCUUCGAAAUGUGCCUGAUGGUCACCGCUGACCAUGGACCCGCUGUCUCUGGCGCCCACAAUACCAUUGUGUGUGCCCGUGCUGGCAAGGAUCUGGUUUCCUCAGUCGUUAGUGGACUGCUGACCAUUGGUGAUCGUUUCGGUGGUGCCCUUGAUGGAUCCGCCAGACAAUUCUCUGAGGCCUACGACACCAACUUGCAUCCCAUGGAGUUUGUUAACAAAAUGCGCAAGGAGGGCAAACUCAUUUUGGGCAUUGGACAUCGCGUCAAGUCGAUCAACAAUCCCGAUGUGCGAGUCAAGAUCAUCAAGGAGUUUGUAAUGGAGAACUUCCCACAGUGUCCGCUGCUCAAGUACGCGUUGGAAGUGGAGAAGAUCACCACGAACAAGAAACCAAAUUUGAUUUUGAAUGUAGAUGGCGUGAUUGCCACCGCAUUUGUCGACAUGCUGCGCAACAGUGGCUCCUUCACCAGUGAGGAGGCACAGGAGUACAUCAAUGUGGGCGCCAUUAAUUCCCUGUUUGUGCUGGGUCGUAGCAUAGGUUUUAUUGGACAUUAUAUGGAUCAGAAGCGACUCAAGCAGGGCCUGUACCGUCAUCCAUGGGACGACAUCUCGUAUGUCAUCCCGGAGCAAUACAACUAAGAGCCGAGCUUGUCCAUUGAUAUUAUAAAUUGUUGGAUGUUGUUGUAGUUAAGCACAGAUGUUAACCAACUGCUUGUGGCGAGCAUGGAAAUGUCCAUGGCAUGUUCCACAAACAAUCACACAAAAAACACACUCCAUUAGCUGUGUAGUUGAGUUUAUAUUCUUCUUCUUAAAAAAACAAAAACAAACAGCUCAGCUUUUCUUUGUUUGUCCCCUUCUCUCUCUCUAUCUAUCUAUCUAUAUAUACCCUCCCAUUCUUAAAUCUCUUAGUUAAAUACAUUAAAUAUGAUAACAGUUUCAUAACUAAGCCUGCAUUUACAUUCAUAUUAAUUAUCAACAUAAAGUUAUUAAGUUACGAACGUUUCAUUGUUGACGCUCCUAUAGGCUAUAGCCGGGUUUUUGGAAACU